AUGACUUUCGAAGAUCGUUCAAUAAAUGUCAAUGAAGACACAACACAAGACAAUUUACCUUUGAUCGUACGAACAGAACAAACCUAUCGACGAAUACCAACGACAGCAUUUAUCAUUAUUCAUAUUUUACUUACACUUCUAUUCGAAACUGUUAUUGUUCUAUUUCCAUAUCUAUGUUACGAUCGGAAUAUCCACCAAAUAUGUGAUAAUCAUUCACCGUACAAUAUUGCAUUGUAUGUACAUGCUGGUAAUUACAUCGUUUGUGUCAUAUUCGAUCGUUUGUAUCAUUAUUAUCAAGAUUUAUCUCGUCGAAACGGUUAUCUGGAAUUCUACCGUCGAACAAGAAAUCUACGACGUACACCAUUGAUUGUUAUCUCAACAGGUAACGCACUUCUCGUUGCUAUGAUCAAACUGCUCGAAGAUUAUCAAUUGUCAAUAUUACCGGUUCAGCCUUGGCAUUGUCUUGCCAUUUUAACAACACUCGAAGUCAUUAUCAUCUUAACUGUUCUCAUAUGGUAUCUCGUUAUUACAAUCAAAUUCAAUAAAGAACGUGCAUAUCCAGAUGCGGCACAAGACGAUAUCCUGUCGAGUUUCGUCACACCACAGACAUCGGCCAAUGAAAUUGGCUUCCGUGAUGAAACUUACACCGAAAAUGUUCUGGAAAAACAAGCUGAUCUAAUUCGUUACUUGCGUGAACGCAACGAACAUUUAGCUCGCCUUGCUCAUCAAUUAAAACAACAAAUCACAACAACCGUUGUCACAUAA